UGGCCUGAGGGCGGCGGGAAGAGCCUCGAAAUCGGGCCAGCUGCCUCCAGAUGUCCUCGCAGGCGGUCCGGCCGUAACUGGUUCUUUCCGGCGCGGUCUGCGCAGGACCGUGCGCACUCGGCUCCCAUUGACCAGCGAGGCCUCCCGACCAAUAGUAACCUAAGGCGCCUGCGACUCGGUCGUCGCAGCGACAGCACACUCCAAGGGUGUCCGACACGGUGUUAACCUAGAGGCGCUACCGCGAGCGAACGCCCCAGCACCCAGCUACCAGCUAUCAGCUGUGAUACUCCCCUUCGGCGGCUCGGCCCUCGCCAACUGGACCAAGAAGCGAGCAUCGGCGUACGAGCUUUCGGCACUGGCACGCGAUUUGCGCACCGAGGGCGUCCUUACGCGAGACCACCCCCCAGAGGACGAGGAGGUCCAGGUCGAGGAAGAAGACUCGGGACCAGGCGCAGGGGCCUCCAGGGUGCAGGAAUAGGGCGCGGCCCCGCCAUGCCGUCAGGUAUCGGGGCUUCGUACAGGUCGCUCGGCGACCUGGGCGAAGACGUCUACAAAAGCACGACCAUCGUCGACCAGACCCAGACCACGGGGCAGAGCGUCCUGGAGAGCGUGAAGAAGGCCUUCAGCUUCGCCGCCCCGAAGGUGGAGCUCCGGAAGAAGGACCCUCUGAUCGAUGACCGAAGAGAGAGCGUCUCGAUCGUCUCAAGGGACAGAAACAAGAUGCCGACCGCUGCCACCGCCGAGGAGUCAGCUCUGUUGGGCACGAUGCCUUCGGACAGCAUGGACGACAUCGAGCUGAAGAACAUCCAGCUGCAGUUCCCGGCUCUGCGAUAUCUGACGAGAGAUGACGGAUCCGUUCGGGAGGAGAGGGUCGAGACCGACAAGGGAAGCCUGCUGGUCGCUCGGCAAGGAAAUCGCGCAAGACCUGCCAUUCUCACCUAUCACGACUUAGGCCUUAACUAUGUAUCGAGUUUCCAAGCGUUCUUCAAUUACAUCGACAUGCGCGUCCUCCUGGAGAACUUUUGCGUGUACCACGUGAACGCGCCCGGUCAAGAGGAGAACGCGCCGACGUUACCGGAAGAUUACGUGUAUCCGUCCAUGGACGAGCUCUCGGAGCAGCUGCUCUUCGUCCUGGGUCAUUUUGGGUUGACGUCGGUAAUCGGGUUCGGGGUCGGCGCCGGGGCCAACAUCCUCGCGAGAUUCGCCCUGGCCCAUCCCGAGAAGGUGAACGCCCUGUGCCUGAUUAACUGCGUCUCGACGCAAGCUGGAUGGAUCGAGUGGGGAUACCAGAAGCUGAACGUUCGCCAUCUUCGGUCCCAGGGGAUGACGCAGGGGGUGCUGGACUACCUCAUGUGGCACCACUUCGGCAGGGGUACCGAGGAGAGGAACCACGACCUGGUCCAGGUGUACAAGAACUACUUCGAGCGUCGGGUGAACCCGACGAACUUGGCUCUCUUCAUCGACAGCUACGUCCGGCGAACCGACCUCAACAUCACGAGAGAGCUGGACCCAACGCGCAAGAGGGAAGGGUUAACGUUAGGGGUACCCGUGAUGAACAUCACCGGGGCCUUGAGUCCCCACGUCGAGGACACUGUCACGUUAAACGGGAGACUGGACCCCACCAACAGCUCCUGGAUGAAGAUCUCCGAUUGCGGCAUGGUGCUGGAAGAGCAGCCGGGAAAAGUGAGCGAGGCCUUCCGACUGUUCCUCCAGGGUGAAGGAUAUGUGGUGAGAUCCACGCGGAAGCCCGUCACGCCAACAACACCCGAAGUGGCACCCCUCUCGCCGUUGAAGAUGGCGGACUACAGGUUGGCGUCCCUGGAGGGCCUGAACCACAUCUGCGCCAAGAGAAUCGACUGGCCCGGAGCCACCAUACACAUCACCGAGAAUCCCAUAUCAGAGGCCGUGGUUUGUUAAGCGGCCGAAGUCCUGCCGAGAGUUUCUAUCGUCGCGAUUUUUACCGAAAGAAGGGGGGGCCCGUUCCGCAGGAAAAUAGGGCCCAGAAUCCGGGGCCCGAAACAACGACUCAACUUUAUUUUAACCUGACGUGGCGGACCUCGUCGCGAUUGGAUGUUGGCAUCGACUCGUCGGAUUAGGAAGCGAUAUCUCGUCGACGCGUCGAUUUUCGGCCCGACCCCUGAAUGACGUCCGAUCGGCGAUAAUUCGAGGAGCGGGUCUCUUUCCUGCAGUCAUUAGGGCUCGGGGCGAGGAUCGAUCGACGAAUCGACCGAGGAGUUACGAUAUCCCGUAGAAGCUUGCGAUUAGACACGCGCAGCACGCACGACACUGCUUUUCGUGUUCGUACACACUGUCGACGAGCAACGUCGCGGGUUGCGAUAAGGACCAUGGUGCUCGGAAGGGUGUCGGAAGCGUGAGACCCCGCUGAGAGGAAACUACCCCCUGGAUAGUAGGGAGUCAUCCGAGGGAGGGAUCUCCUAGAGAUAUCCUCGAAGGACGUCUAGGAAACUACCCCCGAGUUCCCAGCUACCGUCGUCUAACGUGCACAACGAACCAGCGAGCCAACGAACCGCGUCCUUACCCCUAUCACUGAUUAACGGCGUCGACAAUUUUUAUCAUAUCCAUCGCCAUCGCACCGUAAUUCGACCGCGGGAGAAAUUUCCAUCAGGGUGUACGUCUUCUCCGUCAUUCCGUGGCGGGUGUCAUUAACGCUUUUACUGAUCGGCGGAGUUUUUUAGAGCGAAGUAAUAUCGGGCGUUACUCGACGGUACUUUUUAAACUAGCCCAAAUAGCUACGGGUAGAUUUCCAGAGUUCCCCUCCCUGACGGCUUGUUCGCGCUCGAGCACCGUCCGCACCCUUCCCUCGUUUCGGUCGGUACUGCAGGGAGACUAGAUUAGGGAGAGCUGGUAGAUAGGUAGGUAGGUAGAAGUUACGAAAAUGGUCCGGUAGGGUAUGGCAUCGACCGGGUUUUCAAGGAGCCUAUAGCGUGAUAUGAUAAGACGUGCCUGCUACAUACGUACGUAGCUUAAAGUGUAUCGCUUUAGUUUUCUAAGCGUCCUUUGACUUUUUCUCUUUCGUGCAUAUCUCGCGUGGCUUUUUGCCGCCAAGGUCGGUCUCGAGGAGACCAUUCGGCUUCGGCCGAACGAUCGCCGGCGAUUUCCGCGUCCGGACCGGACGCGGAGAGGGAGCAGCUUUCGUCGGGGUGCACUUUCGCGGGAUUGAGGGAGCGAGUCCGGAUAUGCCGAUUUUUACAGGUGAAAAUCGCGAGGGCGACGGCCGUCGGGCUCACCGUCACGCGACGACUCCGCCGUCGACGUCGCCGCGACGGCGACCGGGAAAACACGACUAGAUCGUAGCGAAACUGGUAUAUAACGAAUUGAUUAAUCCUAAGAGCGAAUAACUUAGAUGGAGCUUGACUGUAAGUUAAACGACACGUGCACAUGAUAUACACCUUGUUAUUUAUAAUAAAUGACUCUAGAAAAGGA